AAAAAAAAACCAGACACCCCACAUGCACACACACCGCACAACCCGCACAACCGCACAAAGCCCAGAACAUGUCUAAAACCAAGGCUUGCGAGACGGUGAAGGUGGUGGUGCGAUGCCGCCCAUUGAACGGGAAGGAGGACGCGGCUGGUUACGAGGAGGUUGCGGAUAUGGACGUGAAAUUAGGACAGGUGUCCAUCCGGAACCCCAAAGCCAUAUCCAGCGAGUUGCCCAAAACCUUCACCUUCGACGCUGUCUACGAUGUGAAUUCCAAGCAAAGCGAUCUGUACGACGAGACGGUCCGCCCUUUGAUUGACUCGGUUUUGCAAGGCUUCAAUGGGACAAUUUUCGCUUACGGUCAGACAGGGACUGGCAAAACCUACACCAUGCAGGGGGUAUGGACUGAUCCAGAAAAAAGGGGCAUCAUCCCUAAUUCAUUCGAACACAUUUUCACUCACAUAUCGAGAUCCAAGGACCAGCAAUAUCUGGUGAGAGCUUCUUACCUGGAGAUCUACCAAGAGGAGAUCAGAGAUCUGCUGCACAAGGACCAGAGCAAAAAACUGGAGAUGAAAGAAAAACCAGAAACUGGUGUUUACAUUAAAGAUCUUUCCUCCUUUGUGACUAAAAAUGUGAAGGAAAUAGAGCAUGUUAUGAAUGUUGGAAACCAGACCAGAUCUGUGGCUUCUACCAACAUGAACGAGUACAGCUCAAGGUCUCACGCUAUUUUUGUCAUCACUGUGGAGUGCAGUGAGCUUGGCCUGGAUGGUGAAAACCACAUCAGAGUGGGCAAGCUGAAUCUGGUUGACCUUGCGGGCAGUGAACGGCAGAGCAAAACUGGCGUCCAAGGAGAACGUCUGAAAGAAGCUACUAAAAUCAAUCUUUCCCUCUCUGCUUUGGGUAAUGUAAUAUCUGCUCUCGUGGAUGGCAAAAGCACCCAUAUCCCUUACAGAGACUCAAAAUUGACCCGUUUAUUACAAGACUCUCUUGGAGGCAAUGCUAAGACAAUUAUGGUGGCCACCAUUGGUCCAGCAUCCUAUAACUACGAUGAGAGCUUGACAACCUUAAGGUACGCCAACAGGGCUAAGAAUAUCAGAAACAAGCCAAGAAUUAAUGAAGAUCCCAAAGAUGCCUUGUUGAGAGAGUUUCAAGAAGAGAUUGCUCGGUUGAAGGCCCAGCUGGAGAGAAGGGGGAUGUUGAGCAAGAAAAGAAGGAGAAGCCAAAGGAGGAAGUUUUCAGGAGAAGAAAUCACAGAUGGAGAAGGAGAGGAGACUGAAGAUAACAUCGAGAAAGACAUGGAAAACUAUUUGAAGGAACAGAAGGAGACACUGGAGAAAGAGAAAGCAGCAAUUCAAGAUGAUCAUAAUUUGGUGGCAGAAGAAAAACAGAAGUUACUGGAAGAGAAAGAAAAAAUGAUGGAAGAUCUGAAAAAUGAGCAGCAAGCUACAGAACAGCUGGCAGCCAAGUUUAAGGCGAUGGAAAGCAAACUACUGGUUGGAGGCAAAAACAUCAUAGACCAUACCAAUGAACAACAAAAAAUGCUGGAACAGCGGAGACAGGAAAUUGCAGAACAGAAACGGAAAGAGAGAGAAAUGCAGCAGAGGGUGCUUGUUCAGGAUGAAGAGACCAUGGAGCUCAAGGGAACUUACACCUCGCUGCAGCAAGAGGUAGAAGUCAAAACCAAAAAGCUGAAAAAGGUGAGGAAAAAAAUUUUCUCCAAGCUCCAGUCUGUGAAGGCUGAGAUCCAGGAUCUGCAAGAUGAACACGUCAGGGAGAGACAGGACCUUGAGCACACCCAGAACGAACUGACACGAGAGCUCAAACUCAAAUACCUGAUCAUUGAAAAUUUUAUCCCACCUGAAGAGAAAAACAAGAUCAUGAACCGCCUGUGUUUUGACUCUGAAGAAGAUCAGUGGAAGUUCCUGCCUCUGGUGCCUGCUCAAAAUCACCAGAUGAAGAGGAGGCCAAUGUCUGCAGUCGGCUACAAGCGUCCGAUCAGCCAGUAUGCUAGAGUUGCUAUGGCGAUGGGCAUUCAUCCCAGAUACCGGGCUGAAAACAUUCUGUUCCUGGAAUUAGACAUGACAACGCCUACAGUAUGUGAGCUGGAUAUCCCACGCUCACAGUCAUUACAUGGAGCAGUGGGAGGAGAGCCACAUUACAGCAGUUCCAUCUUCCCAGAUCGGUCAGCCUCAACAAGAGUUAGAAAGUCAAGAUCAUGGUCAAGGCCCGAGAGACGUGUGUCCUCGUCCUCUUCUUUCUCCUCCCUGGCGUCAGGCUCUCCACUGUUGUUUCAUUCACAUGGGAGGGUACCACAGUGAAGGAUACGGAGAAAUCCAUGCCUGGUCUCUCUAUCUCUCCCCUCCCCACCCAAUCUCUGUCUCACUAUCUCUCCGUGCCAGGAUUUAUGUCUCUCACUGUCUAGUAUUCUCCCUGGCUCCAUCAGUCUUUGUCUGCUCUGCUGUGUUGCUUCACACCCUAUACAAGCUGGUGUGCAGCACUGACAUUACAUGUCCCAUUAUGCAUAACGUCAAAACUAUUGCAAAUAACAGAGUAAGAGAACUAAUGAAAAAUAAUAGAGUAACAGAAACAAAUGUUCAUAAUGGCACUAAACACGCUGCUCAGAAUGAUGACUCCCAUUGUCUAUUUUUAUCAAUUUGCUAAAUUAGUGAUUAAUACUAAUGUGAGACCUUCUUUCCUCCCUUCCCAGUAUACUGAGCCCUUCUUUCAAAUAUUGUUCAGUCCUCUGAGAACCUAUUUGCACAGAGGCUGUGUGUACUGUCACGCAGCUAUCUUUAGUAUAUAAUUCUGCAGUGUAGAUCUGUCAAGAUUGUGGUUCUCUAUUUAACUUGAAGUUGCCAUAAAUAAUCUGGAAUAUAUAAUUGCAGUUAAUAUUAUAACUGAAAAUGAGAAAUUAGGGUAAUAGCAGUAAGUAACUAAGUCAUUAUUUACAGGUCUAAAACAGUGGCUUUACCGAAAGAUGGAGAGUUAAAGAGCAGGGCGAUGUUCUGACAUAGAUGAAAAUAGAAACAUAUAGUGUAAGGAGAGAGGUAAUGAUCACAUCACUGGCUUUCCACUCCAAUAGUUACACUUCAGGCCCAGGAUCAAGUCUAGUUGAAGAAGGCCCCUCUCUGCAGUUUUCUCUGUUAGCUUUCUUGACAGCUUUGUCUACACUGAUGGAGUAUUUCAUCUGAAGACGACAACUGCACUUCAUGUUGAAUGAUCAGAGCCUCACACUUUUAGAGACUAUUGCAAAGAAGUCGACAACUCAAAUCGUCGACCUACCAAGUCCAAAAGAUUAUAGGGAGGGAAGCAGUCACAAAGGCAACCUGAAAUGACUUCAGCAAUGUUGGAUUUCACUCAAAAAUCUAAUGUUAACUGUAGCCUGCUUCAUUUUCUUUCACAUCACACUGGGAUCCAUGGCCUCCUCGGAUGUGUCAUUCUUAUCACAUCUGAAAAAAGUACAUCUGUCUCUGAGAAUUUGCCAACAUCACCCUUUAGUAUUAGUAACAAUAUGUAAUCAGCAAACUGCAUAUGCUUAUACCUUCCCACACUAAACUAACUAAUAGCCUCCUGUGUUUGGUUCAAUCUGUUUUUCCAUGAAAUAUUGCAUGUUUGCAAUACCGUGAGAGCAUGUUUCAGCCAUGGCCUGUUUUCCAUGUCUAGUUGCUACAUUUAAUUGAUUACAAUUGAGUGAGACAGUUAAUAAAACAAAUUGGUGGCUGCUGCAUACAGAACUUGCGUUGGUUAGAUAGGCUUUAUGUGAAACAAGAUUAUGAAGCAUACAUUGAGCA